AUGCAGGCAUUAUGGCCAUAUCAUACGUAUCGACCGGUCACCUGGGAUAGGUAUUAUGUGAACGAUUACCAUGAAAAACAACCUACAGUUAGUAGUGGUGUGGCGGCUGGAGUGACGAUAGGCAUAUUCUUCCUUGUUUUCUUAUUUACAUUUGGUUGCCGAAUCUAUAGUCAGUAUGCUGACAGAACACAAACGCAGAAUACACGGAGUCAAGAAUCAGUGCUAAGCGAAUCCUUAGCUGAAGAUAUGUGGAUAUGCGGUGUUCCUCAGGGACCACCUCCACCUCUAAGAAUAUUUGUUGUUCACAACAAAUCUGCUCAACGAGAAUCACGUGUACAAACGAAACGGUUCCAGAAAAAAAAAUUGCACAUUUCGCAUCCAUAG